GCCGUCCACUCGAUGUCGACUUCAAGUUUAGCAUCUCAUCUUUGUCGCCUCCGCACUUGCCUGAGACCGUUCCAGGGCGAAUUCCCCCAGAUUAUUGAGGUCAGGGUUCAAGUUGGUAGCCGAGGGCUGCGAUGCAGGAGUUGGCUUCGGGCGUGCCAGGACUCGGAUAAUCAUCAGACGCCCAGGAAUACUCCUAACGGUGGGGAUGCAGGGUUGCUAGGCUGCGGAACGCCUAACAGCCUGGGUAUUGGUCUGGGUGCGAACCCCUCAAACCCUGGCUCGGGGCAUCAUUGUUGCGCCUGCUCCUGCGCCUGUACAGACGGCACUUCGAACGGGCAAAUUGCGGUGCUGCCAACCCGCAGUAGCCGCCAUUGCAUAACAUUCCAUGCAUCAUCAUAGACGGUUUCUAGACGUGGGAUAGCGGAGACGAUCUUCGGCAUCAAGAACCCAUCGUGUCAAUAAGGGACUGGCCAGUACCGAAUGUCAGCAUCUACGUGAUCCUCCCACCGAUCGGAUGGAGAAGACCACUGGAACUGCACCCCAUCUCGCAAGGUGAACUGUCUGUCGCGUAUAAUAUGUGAUAGCCUGCACCGUGCUGAACAUUGGACUGUAGAUACCUUAGGCACUCACAAACAUUCGCGUGUCCUCGUGAUGUGCAUUUGUUGUGUCCCUCCCUUCGCUGGUCUUCGCGGCUCGUGCUGAGCAGUCAUAACGAUCGACGAUGAGUCUGGGCGUGGAAAUUGCGAACUGGUGGGGGGGUUUGACGCGAACCAUGCACUGCAGUCUACAACAUGAAACUCGAUGUAGGCGCAGCAGAAGCAACGAGGUUCAUUGACUCGGGCCCAAACUGCGUUGAACUCUGCACGUUCUAUCCAAACUUCUACAAACCUACUCUUGAACUCGACUUGAAGUGUCUAUUUCUCAACGAUUCUCUCCUUCUUGUGCUCUGCUUUUCUUAUUGCUUCCAUCAGGCAAACUACAGCCCUCCAGCGCGCUUCAUUUAACCAACCUUCGUGACUCAGUAACUGCAGGCAUCAUACCUUUAGGGUCGCUACUGCAACGCCUUUUUUGAUCGCGAGAAUGCGGUAGAAUACAACCUGCGACGUUCUUACAGAUUUCUUCCCUUUUCUUCGUUCCUUUCCUUCGACACAUAGCAAAAUGAGCGCCGCUCCGCCCAUGAUCACAACCACCGCGCCUCAGCCCGUGCCUGCGACGUCGAUCGAGGCCAAACUCGUAGUGCUGGGGGCACAAGGCGUGGGCAAAACCUCCCUCGUCUCACGUUUCAUCAAUCCGAGCGCACAAUUGUCCAAAAAUGUGCAGUCGACCAUCGGCGCCUCCUUUGUGACAAAACGACUGACAGACCCGGACUCCUCGACCACUGUUCGCUUGCAGAUCUGGGAUACUGCAGGGCAAGAACGGUUUCGAAGCAUAUCCCGACUCUACUACCGAGGCGCGAAUGCGGGCCUUUUAUGCUACGACAUCACGAAUGAGAAGAGUUGGGAAGAGAUGAAGACUUGGUUGGCAGAGAUGAAGGCCAACUGCGAGGACGGCGAGGCCAUGCCCAUAAUCCAUGUCGUGGGAACCAAGAGCGACAUCGUCGCAGAAGAUCCCUCCACCAGGGAGGUUACCUUUGAGAGGACGAUUGCCUAUAUGGCCGAGCAACUGGGAGGGGUCACGGCGCAGAGUACAGCUUCAACACCACCCUUGACCAUGAAGCCAGGCAACGUCACACUUCAAAGUCCGGAUUCGAAGCGAAGCUCAGGUUUCUGGAAUCAAGACAUUGGCUGGGACAGCUGCCAUGAAGUGAGUGCUAAGGAUGGAGAAGGGAUUGAAGAAGUCUUCCGGGUCAUUGCCCGCAAAUUAAUCGAGCAGAAGCAGCAAAGAGAUGCCGCUGAGAUGUCUCGGUUGCAGCAAACUCCCGGCUUUCGCAGCGAUCUUGGUGAUGACUACUUUGGCGGGCAUCAUCCCCAUUCAGGCAGUUUUAGAGUCGGUUAUGGCGACAAACGACGAAGCUGGCUCGGACUACCGAGCGUCGGGCUUGGAGAGUCGGACGGUGGAGGAGCAAGACAUGGAACACGGGACCCUGAAGAGGCCCGUAGGAGAGGAGGCUGCUGUUGAUUUACACAUAUUGUUGAUUUUGUUCUGGCAUGGAUUGAACCACGAGAUCACGAAUUGGCGCGAGAGCCACGGACCACGGCACUACUAAUAUGGAGGCAUCUUAAUCAUCGGCGUUGGCAUUUGCGAAUUUCUAGGCGGCGGUUCGUGAGUGAGCAUACACCAUGCUUUGAUCAAACAUCAUGGCUUGCGAAUGUUGGUGUUGGUGUUUGGGUUGGUUUGAUUGACAUCGGUGGCAUUGGUCUUUGGGGCGUUUGAAAGGUUGCAAUACGGCCGCACGACGUCUUGAAGCAUGACAGAGUUACAAUGGAGUUUGUACUACGUACUCUUUUAAAUGUAUGAAGGAUGUCUCGAACCCAUACUAGUAAUAAACUGCAUUUCCC